AUGCCUAAAGAAACCAAAAAAACUGUAAACAGACAAAAUAAGAGAAAGACAACUCUAACACGUUCCGCCCAAAAACGAGGUAGCAGAAGCAAUAAUGUAACGGAAAUCCUGAGUUCUGAAUCAAGACUUUCACCUUUUUGGGCAAAUACGCCAACAUCAGAAUGGAAUGAGGAUGCCUAUUUCAUUUCGGCAGGCUUCCAAGACCUUAAAUUAGCUCAACAAAGUCUUUUGAGCCAGUAUAAUUUAAUAAAGAAUGUUCUCAGCGGCUUUCCUUGUCCCGAGUACGAUCUCGUUAGGAGUAGGUUAGAUGAUUGGAAGAAGAAAUCAAAAGAAAGAGCAAAAACCUGGGAAAGCGUAAAAAAAAAUGUAGAAAUACGUAACCAGCAGUUGAAAUUAAAUCUACUCAAAGUGAAUGAGCAAAUCAACCAAGUGCUCGCAUAUCAAGGUCGAGCGGAUGAAGGUGAAUUGAUAAUCCGAGGGAAAAAUAGACAAGUCGAUGACGACAUCAUCGAUGACAAUAAUGAUAAAAGCACAGACGUAUCAGCGAAUCAAGCAUCGGCGUCAUCAAUCAUACAGAUAGUUGCAAUAAGUGAAGUGAACAGAACUAUCUUACCAUCAACCGGCAGAGAUGUUGUAAAUGUUUUCCGAAUGUGGGCUGUACCCAACAAUAUGGAAUUUAUCCUCGACCCGAAUGAUCAACGAAUGGUGAAAAUAUUUACUUCUACAGAAUUGGAAGAACUUCGGAACAUGGCAAAAUGCUAUAUUAAUCUGACAACAAAUAAAGACUUGUGGGAUUUUGUCGAGUCAUUUCGUAUUCAUAAUGUAUGUAAAUAUGUGCAUCGUCCGACCAUAAAUGAAUACAAGAAUUACUGUGCAUCAAAAGAACUCAACCUCGAUCUUAACACUGAUGAACAAUAUCAUAACAAGAUUUACGUUAUAAAUGCCAUCCAGGCAUUUAUAAGGCGGGUAGAUGUAUAUGGUCGAAACCAUGUAUCGUUAAGUGCAAGUGAAGAUUGGUGGUCGGCGAAUAUUAUUAACCCCUUGAUCGAAUUUUGCUAUUUUGAUCAGGGAAAUGUUGUUCCAUCCAUCCCUUCGCGUGAUCGCCGCAAUAGAGAAAGAGAUUCGAUAAUGGAAGUAAGAAUCAAAUCGGGAAACAAACCCGAUUUCCAUCUAACAGAGUCACCACGGUUGAUGUGUGGAGAGAUCAAGAGAGAAGACGAUCUAAAAACAGAUCAGAAAAAUACCGGAAAGCUAUUACAAGAACUUUCAGACGAAUUGGAAUUAGUUUUUGGUAGUCUACCAAAAAAUCAACAACAAGUUAUAAUGGAGAUUGAAGCAACGGGAUACAAAAUUCAAAAAAAACGUGUAGGAAUUUAUGUAAUGCGUGUUUUAGGGAAUGGCGUUUAUCUUGGUGUUGAGAUUGAUAACUUUGAGAUACCGACAAUUUUGCAGGAUAUUGACAAGUUAAUAGAUGCGAUCCAAAAGGUUCUCAUAAGUAAAGUACGAUUUGAAGAAUCUGUCAAGCGUAUAGAAAUUACAAAGAGGGUUGUUUAUCCCUCUUCUCCAGGAUUAGCAUCAAAUUUGUCAGUAUCCGAUUUACCCGGAAAAAUAAUCAGAGCAACUAGCCACUCUCCCAAAAGAGUCUGA